AUGAGGUUGAAUCCAAAGAAGUGUGUUUUUGGGGUAACGACUGGAAAGUUCUUGGGGUUCCUUAUUGAUGAAAGAGGAAUCGAGGCCAAUCCUGAUAAAGUACAGGCGGUAAUAGAUAUGACGUCGCCAAAAUCAUUCAAGGAAGUCCAAUGCUUGACGGGAUGUCUAGCGGCCCUGGGGUGGUUCUUAUCGAGGGCAAGUGACAAGUAUCAUUACUUCUUCGGCACAAUCAAGAAGAAGAGCAAAUUUGAAUGCACUGAGGCGGCAGAAACUGCCUUCGUCCGAUUAAAAGAACACCUCCACACCUUACCUCGGCUUGUCAGUCCUCUUCAGGGGGAAACUUUGUAUGUGUAUUUGGCCAUUUCUGAGUGGUCCUUGAGUGAUGUGUUGCUAACUGAAAGGGAGGGAGUGCAACUCCCCGUCUAUUUCGUGAGCCAUGUCCUGCAAAACGCUGAAUUAAGAUAUUCUCCAAUUCAGAAGUUUGCACUUGCGCUGUUUAUGGCCAGCAAGAAGCUGCGCCCUUACUUUCUGGCACACAAACUAGUGGUAUACACAGACCAACCUUUGAAACAACCCCUUACUAAGCUAGACGCUGCUGGACGAAUGCUGAAAUGGGCAAUUGAGCUGAAUGCAUUUGAUAUCUCAUAUGAGCCCGUAAAAGCUAUCAAGGGACAAGCAUUUGCUGAUUUCAUUGCAGAAAUGACGAGGCCGACUUUUGAAAAGAAUGUGGCGACUCGCUGGACAGUCUAUGUAGAUGGCUCGUCAACCCAGAACGGGUGUGGAGCCGGCAUAAUAUGUCAAUCUCCUGAAGGAGACAAGUAUGAGUAUGCCAUGAGAUUCAAUUUCCAAACAUCCAACAACGAGGCAGAAUACGAAGAUUUAUUAGCCGGCAUAAAAAUGUGCAAAGCUGCUGGAGCUCAAGAAACACUUGCUUUCUCUGACUCACAUCUCACUGUGAGUCAAGUGAAUGGGGACUAUGAGGCAAGGGACCCUAACAUGAUCAAAUAUAUGCAAGCUGUGCAUCAAGAAAUAGAACAUCUAAAGAGCUUUGAAACUAAGCAGAUUCCCAGAACAGAGAACAAUCAGGCCGAUGCCCUGUCAAAACUAGCUAGCUCGGCUUCCUGUAAUACACCGCGUCGCGUGUUCUGGGAAGUAAAAGAUAAGCGAAGUAUUGAGCAGGAAUUGUGCGCUCCUAUGGUAGCUAUUCUGGAUCGGUCGUCAACCUGGAUGGACCCUAUCAUUGCUUACAAAGUGGACGAUUCGCUUCCGGACGACUCAAGUCUGGCCGCCAAAAGACAAAAGAAGAGUUGUUGGUUUGAAUGGUGGAAUGGAGUUUUGUACAAGAAGUCAUUUUCUAGACCCCUCCUGCGGUGUGUCACUCCUGCGAAAGGGAAAGAAAUGUUAGAUGAUUUGCAUCAGGGAUUAUGUAGCUCCCACAUUGGAGGACGAGCCUUGGCAGAGAAUGCCUUGCGAACUGGUUAUUACUGGCCCACUUUGAGAGAAGACGCCCUAGCUAUGGUGCAAAAAUGUGACAAGUGCCAACGGUUUGCUCAUCUUAUCCACAGGCCGGCCCACCCUCUCACUCCUAUCAUGAGUCCCAUUCCGUUUGCCAAGUGGGGAAUGGACCUGAUAGGGCCAUAUACAGCGGCCCCUGGAGGCCGGCGCUAUGUGAUAGUGGCUGUUGAUUACUUCACCAAGUGGGUUGAAGCAGAGGCUCUCAAAAACAUAAAGACAAGUGAUGUGAGGGCGUUUAUCUGGAAAAAUAUCAUGACUCGCUUUGGAAUACCACAAGCUAUUGUCUUUGAUAAUGGGCCUCAGUUUGAGACGCCUAAGCUGAAGGAGUGGUUAGCAGACCACGACAUACACAGCUGCUUUGCCUCUAUGGUACGACCUCAAGCCAAUGGCCAAGUCGAAGCAUUUAACAAGAUAAUCUCCGAGGGGAUCAAAAAGAAACUAGAUGAAGCCAAGGCCUAUGGAGCUGAGGCCGUGUUGCCCAUAGAAAUGUGUGAACCUACACUAAGGGUCAUGUUAUAUGACGAGAAUGCCAAAUGGGAAAUGAUGAAGCUGGCCCUUGACUUUUUACCUAAAGUAAGAGGAAAUGCAGCAUUGAGGCAACAACUGUACAAGAUAAGGAUGGCGAGGGAGUAUAACAAGAAAGUCUCCAAAAGAGUGCUCAAGGUAGGAGACUUUGCUCUCCGAAAGAUGGAAUCUGUGGGACGAGCCAAUGAACAGGACAACGGCCGCUAA